UCAACUUUAUCUUGUUGAAAGGUUGCAGAAUUGCAUAAAGGAGAUGAUAGUGAGAUUAUCCAAAAUCUGCUCGAACUUUCACGUGGUCCUACCAAAUAUGUGACACAUUUUAAUGGCUACCUCGUUAAUGGAUAUAGAUAUCAUGUAGAAGAUUAUGAUAAACAGUUACGUACUCAAAAUUGUGGCGUGGUUGUUGUUGGUGAAACUGAUAAACAAAGUGAGAAUAUUGAUUACUAAGGGAUUUUAACCGAUGUUCUUGAAUUGCAAUUCGUUGGUCGAAGAGUGAUUUAAUUUCGAUGUAAUUGGUUUGAUGUGUAUGAUAAAACAAAAGGAGUUAAAAAAGAUGAAUAUGGCUUGGUAAAUGUUAAUUGGGGGCGAUUUUUGAAAACAAAUGAGCCUUUGAUAUUAGCGGACCAAGCAUCUCAAGAAUUUAAUGCUAGUGAUAAUUCCAAUAAAUGUUGGCGUGUAGUGAGAAAGAUGCAACCUCGUGAUACCUAUGAGGUUGUGCAACAAAUGGAUGAUGAUGUUGUAGGUUUAGAAAAUCCUACACAAAAUAAACGAAGAAGAAUGGAUGAGGUUUAAUAUGAAACCAUUAAAGCCUGAAAAUGAGGUGAGAUCCACUGUGAAGGCUGCACCGGGUGCUAUAGGGAAGGGACGAGGGCGAGGGAUUACAUCUAUAGGGGUUUCCGGUAAUAAGAUGCUACAGCAAAGGGACGAGGGCAAGGACUUAGACCUAUGGACUCUUUAAAGGUAUCUGGAAAUGAGGUGGGAUCCUUCCAUAAAAUAGCAUGUCUACAGGAAAAGGACUGGGAACGAUGAAUAAAAAUCCCUUGAUUCUUGAGAAAGAGCAUAUGCAAACUAAUGUUCUGUUUUCUCCAUCUGCUAAUCAAGUUGUGCAAUCCACCCAAACAUUUGAACCAAGAGAUAUAGCGAAGGGAAAGGAUCGAGGGCUAAGAUCUAUGGGCGCUUUUGGGGUGUCUGGAAAUGAAGGGGGAUCUUCCUAUAAGAGUGCUCUUUAUGCUAGUCAAAAUAUGUCAAGACUUUCUAAUAGUACAAGAUCAGCUUCUACCAUGUCUACUACUCAAGGAUUGCGAACAACAAAUAAAAACUCUUUGGUUCAUGAGAAAGAGCAUAUGCAAACUGAUAUUUCAGUUUCUCCUUCUACUGAUCAAGUUACGCAGCCCACCCAAACAGUUGAAACAAGUUCAUGUUCUACUGAAAAGGUAAAAAAGGUUCGAGGAAGUAACAAGUGCAAAGAAGUUGCAUCACUUGAAGUUGGACAAAAGCUAAAAGUAACAUUUUACAAUAACCGAACAGUUGGAAAGAACAGCAAUCUAUUUUCGAGGCACUUGGGAAAAAUAGUUCGUGAUCGUAAUAUGUGUCCACUAGGAGUAUCAAAGUGGAAUGACAUUAAGGAAGAAAAGUUAAAUCACAUGUGGGCAGCGGUUGCGGAUAAAUUUGAGAGUGAUGACAUGAACAUUAAUCGCGAUCAUAUCUUGGCAUGGAUGAAAGAAUUAUGGAACAAAUGGAGAGGUGGAUUGCAUGCAAACUAUGUAAAGGGUAAGUCAAUCCAAGAGGCUCUUAAGAAUCUACCGGAAGGGGUAGACAAGAAACAAUUGAGUGGUUGGUAAAAGAACAGUUUUCUUCAGAAAGUUUUCAGGUUUGACAUGAUUUCUAAUCACAAGAUUUCAUUAUUUUCUUACUAUGAUAUUUUAAUUGAGAAUUUAUUUAUAACAUUUGGAUUUAAUAUUGUUACACAAAAUAGUCGAGAAGCAGUAGGAAUGCAGCAAAUAGAGCUAAGUUGAAGAUGUUUCAUCAUAUUAGUAGACAGCCAAUUAGAGAGAUUAUUUAUCAGAAGGUGUUACCAUAAAAAAAAAAAUUAUAUUGACGAGGCAUUAUUUGACAUCUUUUACUUUGAUGUAAAGGGCAAAAAAUAUGGCAAACCACCAGAUUUGGCAACUGUUUUCUUUGAUACUCGCCAGAAGAAUAACACACUUGUCGAUUCUGAAACAAUCAAAAAACAUGCUCAAAUUCAAGAAUUGAUGUCGUUCGAACCUUCUCUUCCAAGCAUAGAGAUUGUAGAAAAAUGCUUUGGACCCCAGACUCGUAGCCAUGUAUUUGGCUUUGGGGGUGGAGUAAAGGCAAAGGAUUUGAAAUGUAGGACUUCCUCAAAGACUGAAUUAUUGUCAGAACUACGUUCAACUCAAGAGGAAAAUAAUUCUUUGAAGGAUCGAUUGUCAAACGUAGAAAAUGAGAUGAAGCAAUUAAAAGAACUGGUAUUAGCUCAACACUCAAAUGUUCAGCCUCCGACAUCACCUAUUUCAGGAGAAGAUUGAAUAUACCCAGGUUCUGGAUACUGGAGUUCACAUGAACCAAGUUUUUGAGGACGUACAACUAUUUGACUAUCAUUUUGCUAGGAAUGUUGGACAAAUUUUAUAUUAUAG